AUGUCAAACAGUCAUCAUACAUCCCAGGGAAGAAGAAACAAACUUUCAGUGUGGGUUAAAAAAAUAAUAAACACCACUACCACAACUAACGCAUCGGUCUCGAGCAGUAAACCAAGACGCGGCACUAGGGCUGGCCCCACAAGAGUUAAGCGUGCUGAGUUGGAUCCGGAUGGAACAACCAUCAGUUCGUCGUUGCGACCAUUGGUUGAUCGAAAUUCGUUGCAUUCGAGCGAAUCCGAUGACGAAGGAGACCGUCGAGUGGCAUGGGAUGAACCACCAACAGGCAAAGUAAGACAGCAGCAGCAGCAACAGCAGCAACAACAAAACGACAACGCAAGUGUUAUUCCGCUAGUAUCGUUUUGUUCCUCGUCAGUGAAGUCGUCUACUUUCUCGGACAUUCAUUCAAUACAGUCUACGAGGCCCACAAUAUUCUCUAACAGGACGUUUGAGACGAAUUCUAGCGUUCUGGCCAUCCCACCACAGAGUAUAUUGGAUCGAUCAAGAACCCUCCCGCCGUCGAACGCAAGUAACACUACCACAAGAAGACCGUGA